UCUACUACUCUGCUGUUCCCAACUUGCCUGGGUCUACCACAAUAUUUAAAGGGAACAUACUUCCUUUUCCUGGUCCUGUUUUCACACAUACCCCUUUUCCAUUCUGCUUGGCAGAAAUGACCUCUGCUUUCCAGCCUCGAGAAUGCAUAGUGACCAAACAAGAGGGGGAGAGUUAUGGAUUCUACCUGCGCAUUGAGAAAAACAAAUUGGGUCAUCUCAUCCGGAACGUGGAGGAGGGCAGUCCAGCUGAUAGGGCCGGCCUGAACGAUGGAGACAGAAUCCUGAGGGUCAAUGGGUUAUUUGUGGAUAAGGAAGAGCAUGCACAGGUAGUGGAGCUGGUCAAAAGGAGUGGGAAUUCUGUAACUGUCCUCAUUCUGGAUGAGGCAUCCUAUGAAAAGGCAGAGAAAGAAGGGGUGAACUUUGAAGAGUUGGGUCAGAAGCAGACAACCCAGCAGCAAAAGGAGCAGCCACCAGUGACAAAUGGAGUGACAACUCCAGUUCCACAGCCUCGGCUCUGCUACCUUGUGAAGGAGAGAAAGAGUUAUGACUUCUCCUUGAAAACCACAGUUGGUCAGAAGGGUGUCUUCAUCAUAGGCUUGUCCCCACAAGGAGUGGCUGCAAAAGCAGGAGUCCAACAUAAUGACCGCCUGAUUGAAGUGAAUGGGAAGAACGUGGAAAACGACAAACAUGAGGAAGUCGUUGAAAAGGUGAAGAAGUCUGGGAACCAUGUUGUGUUUCUGCUAUCAGAUAAUGAAACUGACCAGUACUACAGCAACCACCAGAUGAUGCUGACAAGAGACACAGCCAGCCUGAAAUUGCUUCCCCACAAACCCCGACUUGUGGAGCUCAAGAAAGGAGACAACGGCUAUGGGUUUUUCCUGAGGGCGGAACAAAAUGGUAACGGUCAUUUAAUUAAGGACAUUGAUUCUGGUAGCCCGGCAGCGAAGGCCGGUCUAAAGGACAAUGAUAUUCUGGUGGCUGUAAAUGGGGAGUCAGUGGAGGCACUGGAUCAUGACACCGUGGUGGAGAAGAUUAAGAGGUGUGGGGAAAAGACCACGUUGCUGGUGGUGGAUAAGCAGACAGACACCAUGUAUAAACUGGCUCAAGUUUCCCCAUGUUUGUACUACCAGGAAAGACAAGCUUCUUUUCCAGCUGAAGCAGAGGAAGAGCCGACCUCACAUGCUGAGCAGGAGGUGAAUCACAAGACCAAAAUCUGCAGGCUGGUGAAGGGUCCUAAUGGAUUUGGCUUUCGUUUGAAUGCAACCAAGAAUAUGCCCAUGCAGUUCAUCAAAGAGAUACUGAAAGGUGGGCCAGCUGAUGCAGCAGGACUGGAAGAGGAGGACAUUUUGGUGGAAGUGAAUGGCGUGAACGUACUGAACGAAACCUAUGAUAAGGUUGUAGCAAAAAUCAGUGACAGUGAUGACAGAUUGACACUACUGGUGUGUAAAAAAGCAACCUAUGAAUACUUUACGUCUCAGAAUAUUCCUAUUACUGCCUCUCUGGCAGAUCAGCUAUAUGACACUACUGAUCCUCCUGCUUAUACAGAGAACCCACCAGCAGAGCCAGAGAGGACUUCGCCAGAACCAAGAGAAAGGGCAAAUUCCUCCUGGGCCAGCUCCUCCUCCUCCUCUUCACUCUCAAUUGCCUCAGCAGAAGAGGAGGAUGACACACAGUUAUGAUGAGACAGACCACAACAGAAAUCAAUCAGACAUCUUCCAAGGUUUAAAGAAAGUUCUCUUCAUCCAAGCAGUCUUUGUUCUUUUACCUCCCAGAACCACACUGUGCUAUGGAACUUCAUACUUGUGAGGACUGGAACAGCAACUUUCUUCUAACUAACUUUCCCUGAAGGGGAACAAUUUCACUACUCCCAAGAACAACCACUCACCUACCUAAUGCUGCUAAUCGUAGUUCAUUGGUCUUCUGCCCGGUGAAGUGGAUAGUUACUUCUAUUAUUGAUCUGUAAAAGCUUAAAUGACUAAUCAGGAACAUCUGUCAUCUUGCGGGGGAGGAAAUGUGAUUCACAAAUCAAUAAGCACAAUAAAGCUCCUUAAUACAGAAACUGAUCUCUCACAUCCCCCACAAGAGACUUUUUUCCUCUUAAUCACUGUGGCUAUUAUAUGCUAUAUUUACUGUAACACAAUCAGUUUAACCCAGUAGAUGUAAUAUAUCAUGAUAAGCUAAUGUAUUCUGUGAAGAACACUUCUUCUCACUUGCUAACAAGCUGUAGUAUUGUCCUUUCAAAACAAUAAGCUAACUAACAGUUCACUGUUCAGAAGCUGCAAGCACCAAUCCCUCCACCCCACUCUCCUAGCUGCAGAUCAUGGCAGUUUGAACAGUGUCUGUAAUUCAGUGUAAACAGCUUUGUUUGCUUACAUGCCAACACCUUGUCUCUAAUGCAAUAUGAAUCAGCUCUGUGGUACCGAUAGUGGAUGCUAUACCUCCUUGGUGUAAGCUUGAGACAAAGCAUAAAUAAAUCAGAGCGGCUAUUUCUCCUUCCCGGGUCUUACUCCUGCCAUCUAUGAUGUAUGUUCCACAACAGCUUUAAAAUGAGCAAAGUCUGGGAGAAUGGUUUUCCGCAAGCUAUACAUUUAAGUUGCAUGGGUGAAAUUUACCUUCGUGACUUGCAUUAAGCCAACAAGGGACAUGGGCUGAUGUAGAAUAUAUCGGUCAGUGGGGAACACUGAAUUUCUAGUGUAUAACGUAAACUAGUUAUAGCUACCACCUUUGACUUCGCACUAAACUCCAGUGAACAGUAACCCAAGGCAUGGAUUCUGAUUCAUCAGGCCCUAAAUGGUAACAAAGGACUAACUUCCAAUUCCUAAAGAAGCUAGAUACUAAUCAUGCACAUCUCCCCUGAAUGUCAAUCCACUUCCCCCU